AUGGCCAGUAAUUAUCGUGAGCUAAGCCCAAAGAAGCGAGGACGGCCAGUAAACAAGCUCUCUGUCAAGCUGUUUCUACUUGACCCUGAUAACGAGAUCACAAAAGUUACAAAAGAAACAUGUUCAAGAGAAGCAAUAAAUCAGUUAAUGCAGAAAGGAUGUGGACCUCCUCAACCAGGUAAUGGAGUGUGAAAUUAAUGAUUAUUUUCCAAGUGCAGUAUGAAGGUUGGAUAUGAAACUAGAACUGAGUAUUUUUUUGUCUGUGUUUGUUGUUGCCCAAAUUACACCAAAAUUGAAAGGAUUUGUCCUUUACCUAAGGCCAUAGUAACACACAAAAACAUAUUCAUUAAAAACCUCAAUAAUUCAUGAGGAAAUUAAAAGACAAAGGAAAUCACCAUUCGUGUAGAUACGUUCUACGUGGUUUUAUAUGUGAUAAAAAAUCAUGCUUUCUAAGCCAUUUAUACUCGCAAAAUAAAAGACACGUGUGUUUUGUUUCUGAUAAGCACUCCUAGCUGGUCGUGUUUUAAAUAGUAGAGACGAUUUAGGAUGACAACGCGACGUCAACGGCCAGAAUAAGACUAUUAUUGAUUGUAUCAAUUUAAUACUGUUUGGUUAGCUUGAAAUAGUGGCUUUAUUCAGGUUCAAAAAGUGCUACUACUGUAGUACUGAGCUAAUUUAAUUGCUGGGUACAGUACAUCACUUCUCGCGUCUUGAAAUGCAGGCGUUUUAUCCAAAACGUAAAAGUCUGUAGUUUCCCGUUGUAAACAGACCGUGGGUGUCAUCUCAAACUCCCGUGGGAUAUUUAUCACUUAUUUACUGAGACCGAGAGAAACAGUGUGUUUUGUGGACCCGAGACCGUCGAUGUUUCCCGAGGCGAAGCCGAGGGAAACAUCGACGGUCGAGGGUCCACAAAACACACUGCUUUCCCGAGGUCUCAGUAAAUAAGUGUUUUAUUAUAUAUCAAUAGUCAAAGAAACAACAAAUUAAAGAACAAAUAAACGUAAAUACAUGAAAUGUUUUACUGGCUACACUGCAGUUACUUAAAGCGAAAGUUUUAAUUACGUACUAGGCAUGUCCAAAGGUCGCAUCUUCACAUGAUGGCGCACGUGAUUUUUUUUGUUAUUCGCCGGUCGAUAACGUAUUAUCUCCUUCUCGCGCUGUUGCGAGGGAGACACUAAUUUCGUCACUCUCACGUGAUAUGCUCUCAACCAAUAAAACACUAGAAAAAUGCGACUUUGACUAUUGAUAUAUAAUAAUAAUUAUUCUUUUUUAUAUAUUAUGAAUCUCAUUGUACGAAUAGCCGUCGUCGUCGCGUUGCCGUUCCACAUCGUAUAAAGGUCUCUAGUAAUUAUCCCACUACGGCUGUAUUGCACCUUUAAAAAACGCAUUAAUAUAAUUCAUGAAGAAAACACAAAGAAAAAUCAUCAGCGUGUCGUAUCUGUAUAUGUGAUACAGAUUCAUGUUGAUUUACAUAAACUUUAACUUUGAUUUUCUCGGCUUAGACAGCGUUUAUUUUUAAAAUUACUUGAACUCAUAAGAUGAGUCGUUUUUUAAGUCAUUAAAAGUCGGCUCGAGUUUGUAUAUCCGAUACAACACGGCCGCUCAUGUUGUAAAUAGUACAUAUAGAUAUCUUAUAUUGCACCCCGAUGCGCCCUACGUAUUUUACUGUGUCCAGCGCCAGACUAUUUUACUUGUUAAUCCAUUGUGCUGCAUAAUGUCCCUAUGCACCAAAACUUUAUUAUUUUACUCAGUGUACUGCCAGACAAUCACCGGCAUUUUUUACAAAAAACAGUAAUGGUUUUCAAGAUGGUUUUGGUACUAAUAUUGAUGUGAAUAUUGCCAACAACCAAUAUAUUGGUGGUAUUUAAAUGAAACAGAUUAAUGGCACCAUUAAUGUGAAUCAAAAUUCUGACAGUUUGUUGAGAAAAAACAUUGACAGACAUUGUGCUUUGUUUUCACAUCAAUGGUUUUCAAUAAUUUGAAGGGUUUUAAUGUGGGAAUACAUUUUGAAAAGAAUGAACCAUUAUUGGCUUAUGCUAACUAAAGUUUAUUUUUCACAGUAAUGUUAUUGAAUUCGUAAAUGGGAAUUAUCAAUAUACUAUUAUACAAAAAAAACUUUUGCCAUUCAUUGGUUUUUAAUUUUUGCAAAAAAUGCAAUUAUAUAUAGGCCUUCCAGCAAGAAUCAACUGACCUGCAUCCCUGCGAAUCCGGUACAGAUAUCUGAACACUAAUUGAACAACUGUACAAGUGCCAAGAGCUGACUCAAGUUCUUGUACAUAUAUAUACUGUAUACUAGGGUGAUGCAUGCAUAGUUUGAUAUUUGAUGCCAUGCAUACAGUAGUUUGAUUUCUUAAUUUUUUAACAGAACAUUGUACAAACCCUGAGAAAGACAAAGUGGAAUUUUCAUUGGAACUAACAAAUGUAGAGUUCAAACAAAAGUUAGUUGAAAUUUAUUCCAAGUUAGAAAAUGCUUGUUUUGUGUUGAUGAAAGCUGACAGAAAGAACAAAUUGGAAGAACUGGAUCCUGGUACAUGCUGUUACAGAUGUUACACACCAAACAAUAUUUAUGACAGUAAUCGAGGACAAGGCCGGCUUUACAUACGAAUAAUUGCUGAGAAUGAGGUACUGUUGACUAGAAGGAGCUGUCUGCUGGUCUAUUUGGAAGCUUCGGUUAUAAUAAGAAGCCAGAUGCAACCAUGCAGACCAUCCUGCCAGAACAGCCUAUUUCACUUCGCUUGCUUUCUGCUUGUAAAAUAUUGGAGCUAAUUAUAAAACAAAUUACCUAAUGUCCUAAUUUAGUGAAAACCAAACCGUCCAAUGAAAAAACAAAACAUACAAAAACUCAUAACUGGACUGUGCAAUAGAUUACGUUCUAUUGCAUGAUCUUAUAGAAAUGGUAAUAUCAGGUGAUCAUAAUGAGCCAAUUAAACGACGAGAAUUUAAUAGGCUCUUCCAUUUAGCAGGACAGACUACCAUCCGAUGCGUUGCAAUGUAAUUAUAUUUAUUGUAGAAAUAUUUAGCAUGCAAUCAUCUUUUUUACCGGUCAUCUUUUGCUUUUCUCGUUUCUCGAAAAUCAAAAAUCACCAGUCAAUCGCAUUGUGUUUUCCUUAAACCUAAACAAAUUAUAUUUACCGGCGUGCAAACCUAAAAACCUUACAAUGGUUUUCUGUUCUAGAUAUCGAUGCAGUGUACCCAUGGAAUAUCUCGCAUGGAAAGAUUGCGCAGUACAGUUAGUGGUAGCCAGCUACUUUAUGUACCAAUCUUACCAAAACCUGCUCCUGCAGUCUCUAAAAGUAUAGGUGUUGGAGCUGAAUCAAGGGAAAAUGUGGUCACGUUUGUUGCCAUGCCAACCAAUCGUCAGUUACCAGUGUCAGGUAACCAUGGAAUUGAGUCGAGGCCAUCCUGUACCCCCCGUAUCACGUCAACACUAGAUUUGACAUCAUCGUCAAUUGUUGUUCCUCAGACUGAGUCAACACUACCAGUUCAGAAUUCUGGUAAUAUGGUAGCACAAAGACUCUUGUCCUCGUCAACUACUACUUCUGUAAAUGAAUCGAGGCUACCAGCUUGUAGUUCUGGAAGUUUAACAGCGCAAAGUCCACCACCUGCGUCAGCUAUAAUUUCCGAGACUGAAACAAGACCACCAGUUCACAGUUCUGAUAAUAUGGUAUCACAAAAUUAUUUACCAUUGUCAAUUAUUGUUUCCCAGGCUGCGUCAACACCAGCAGUUCACAGUUCUGGCAAUGUGGUAACACAAAGUCAGUUAUCAAUGUCAGCUGUUCCCCGGACUGCAUCAACACCACCACUUUACAGUUCUGGUAAUAUGGUACUACAAAGUCCGUUUUCAGUUUCAGCUAUUGUUCCCCAGACUGCAUCAACACCACCACUUUACAGUUCUGGUAAUGUGGUAACACGAAGCCCGUCAUCGUUGUCAUCUAUUGUUCCCCAGACUGCAUCAACACCAGCAGUUCACAGUUCUGAUAAUAUGGUAACACAAAAUCCGUUAUUAUUUUCAGCUACUGUUCCCCAGACUGCAUCAACACCACCACUCCAGAAUUCUGAUAGUAUCGUAAGACGACGUCAGUUACCAACGUCAGCUUCGGUUUCUCAGACUGCGUCAAACCAACCAGAUAUAGGUCACUUACAAACUACUGUAUCUGGGACUAUGGCACAUCAAGGGCAAUUUCCCAGACAUGCACCUUUUACGGCUGAUGAAUUUGACCUCGAGGAAAUUAUGGCGAGUUUGACAGACUCGCUGAUGACUGAUACAGAUGAAGAUUCAAAUAUGAACGUGUUUCAAGAAAAAUACGCUGGAUUCCAAAUGCCAAAUGUGGUCACGCGUACUUUGAACAAUCCGAGUUUAUUUGUGACUCCACCCCCCAUUCCUUCUUCUGGUUUUGCUGCAUUCGACCCGUGGGUGAAGCCUCCGCAGUCUCGCGGUUUGGUAGAUAUGAGUAACGAAGUGCAAGCAAACAGUUCAAACGUGCAGGUACAGAUAUUUGAAUUAUUAUAUUUGCUGUAUCUCUAUAAAAUAUAUAGAUCACAUUUUGAGUGUAAGUAACUGUUCUACAAUCAGUGAUAAAACACUUUGGACAGAAUUGCAAAAUAGCGCACGUAUGCAAGAUAGUCGGAACCCCGCGCCCUCCCGCGCUCUCCGUUCAAUGUUGCUUGGACAAAAACUUGCUCAAAAUGUUGCUUGUUAACGACCCAACAUUGUUCAGGGUGGGGGAGGGAGGGAUGAUGUUAUUACGCUGAACAGUAUUUCGAAAUGUGCAGUUAUCUAUAUAUUAUAUCACUAUGGAAAAGCUUUUUGUCACUGGUUAUAAUUUUUACGGAACAUUAAAUCGAACAGCCAUUCCAUCGUCACUCGCGUAACCAAGUCACAAAAUUUUAGGGUUUAAAACUAGUGUUUUCUGCCACUUCUGAUUUUGCAAAAGGCAAACACGCUUUGUACAAGUAACCUUCUAAGGAGAUGUUGAUUUUAAAGUAUUUAAUUCUUAAUAAUUAUUUUUGAGCCAUUGGAUGUAGCGUCUUACUUCUUGUGACUCGCGUGGCAGCCACGAAAACUUACCAAAUUUACUAGUCACUUAUUAAUCUUGACAUGAUGCUAUAACACUUCUGUGAAAUUUUAACAAAAUCAUGUUUGGCAAUUCAAUGUAACUCGCGUGACAUAAAAAGGUGAUUCACGUGACAAGUGGAAAAUUAUGACUAAAAAGCUGGGUGGAAAUAAUAGCAAUUGAAUGUAAAUAUUGCGUCUUGUCACUGGUUUUUGAGACCAUUUCCGGUAACAAUUUAAUAUAAAAUACACAAAGAACUUACAAUGUUUCUUUGUUCUAGAUAUUCCAAGGCACGCCAACACUAGAUUUGACACAAUCGUCAAUUGUUGUUCCUCAGACUGAAUCAACACUACCAGUUCAGAAUUCUGGCAAUAUGUUAACACAAAGGCCCUUGUUCUCGUCAACUUCUACUUCUGUAAAUGAAUCGAGGCUACCAGCUAGUAAUUCUGUGAGUUUAACAGCGCAAAAUCCAUCACCAGCGUCAGUUAUAAUUUCCGAGACAAGACCACCAGUUCACAGUUUUGGUAAUAUGGUAACACAAAUUAAUUUACCAUUAUCAAUUAUCGUUCCCCAGACUUCAUCAGCACCAACAGUUCACAGUUCUGAUAAUACGGUAAAACAAAUUCAUUUACCAUUGUCAAUUAUUGUUCCCCAGACUGCAUCAACACCACCAGUUCACAGUUCUGGUAAUAUGGUAACACAAAGUCCGUUAUCAUUAUCAGCUAUUGUUCCCCAGACUGUGUCAACACCACCACUUCACAGUUCUAGUAAUAUGGUAACACAAAAUCAGUCACCAUUGUUAACUGUUACUUCUCAUACUCCAUCAACACCAGCAGUUCACAGUUCUGGUAAUAUGGUAACACAAGGUCCAUUAUCAAUGUCAGCUAUUGUUUCCCAGACUGUGUCAACACCACCACUGCAGAAUUCUGUUAAUAUGGUAAGACAAAAUCAGUUGCCAACGUCAGCUUUUGUUUCUCAGACUACAUCGAGACUAAAAAGGCCAUUGUUGUCAACUGGUACUUCUGUAAAUGAAUCGAGGCCACCAGCUUGCAGUUCUGGAAGUUUAACAACGCAAGUUUCAUCCCCUUGGCUGAACGCCGGUUUGGAUGACAUGGCAGAUAUGAGUGACGAAAUGCCGCACGGAGAUUGGCUAACCAACAAUGCAAACAGUUCAAACGUGCAGGUAUAGAUAUUUGCUGUCAUUUAGCUUAUAUAGACUAACUUCAUUAAGAUUUAGAGUAAUUCAAAAAAGCCCAAGCAUGCGGGCAGCUCUCGGUAUAAAUGAUUGUUAAUGCCUGUCGUUGUUAAUGCCUGAAAUUGGUGCUAAAAGGUUAGAACCUUUUCUUAAGUUAUAUUUAUGUUCGGCAUCUUUACAAAUAGAUCUUCUGCAUGGGUGAUUUUUUAAAUCCCCAAUAUUAUUAUAUUCGUUGAGCCGCCUAUGCUGACAGGCGGAGGACUGUACCUGACCUUGUAAAGCUUAUCCAGAUAUCUUUGGUGUUAUACCAACAUGCAUUCAACUCAAUUUUAUUGCUAACAGCUCAAACUUCCAGCUUUAAUAUAGACAUUGAAUAUGGUAUAGGUGAGAGAUAACUCUAUACUCUGGGUACACCAGUACACCUGGAAACUUAACUUGUGUCCGAUUAUUCGAGUUACAAGAAAUUAAAAUUCAGAAUAUUUUUUUAAUUUAAAAUAUAUUGUAGAAAUUGGUUAUAAUACACUACCGCGAUAAUAUCGCCAUCAAAAAUGCGGAUACCGAUAUUUUGAAUUUGGGGGCGAUAUAUCGAUAUCGGAUACACCGAUAUGGAUAGCGAUGCAUCACUAUGUUGUUUUAUAUAUAUAUCGAGUCUUACAUAUAUAUCUUUAAUUCUUUACAGGCAAACUUGGAUUUACCAGAAACAGAAGAAUGUAAGUUAGACUUAUCCAAAAUCCUUUUCUUUACAGUUCAUUAGCCCCCGAUUGUUUUUAUAUGUCACUAACGCCUUAUACAGUGUAAUACAGGAUGCACAUGCAGACCUUCAUAAAUGCUGAGGGUCGGUAUUACGAAACACUUCGUUGCUACCGAUGCAUCUUUGACUGGAUGGGGGGCCUGUAUAGACACCACAACAACAGGUGGGAACUGGACACCUGAUGAAAGGGCAAAGGACAUAAAUUACUUAGAAAUCCUAGCAGUUUUCUUGGCAUUGCAAUCUUUUACCUCUGCAGUUGCCGGAAAACAUGUAAAACUGCUAGUUGAUAACACUAUGGCUGUGUUUUCUAUCAACAACAUGGGCACUUGUCACUCUAAAGCAAAUAAUACAUUAGUGGCAAAAAUCUGGGAAUGGUGUAUAAUUAACAAUACAUGGCCCACUGUGGCACAUAUUCCAGGGAAACAAAACACUGUGGCUGAUAGAGAAUCUCGACGAGAAACUGAAUGGUCUCUUAACAAGGACAUUUUUAAUGCCGUAGUUUCAAAAUUGGGGUUUUCUCCUAAUAUUGUUUGUUUGCCUCUAGGCUUAAUUACCAGGUUAAGCCCUAUGUCCUAG